AUGAACAAUGCGAAGGCGAAGAACGAAAUCGACCUCGUUCCGUUCGAUACACGCAAUAUAAUUCGAAACAUGACCGUAAUGCUAACAGUGUCUAACACCGGGAGUGACAAUAAACUGGUGUGGAUCAGGGUAACCUUCGAGCAGAAGAUCGAGAGGAAGGCACUGCAAAUGCCUGAUACCAGAAAAGAACGGAAGAUAUUCGAUGCAGAGGUGUUCCAAGCGCACAUGAGUAAAGAAGAUAGUGACAUAAUGACUUCAUGA